ACAGUCGAAUAUUUUUAAAGUCAGUUUAAACUCAUAGAUUUCAAUCGAAUCUGGUCAACUCUGAGGAAGUUGAUUCGUCUGAUCUGUCUAUACUAGCAACAGAAUCCAAUUUGACUUCGAAUACGAUAUAAACUUUUAUUUAUUCGAUAUUUGGAAUAUCAUUUUUUGUUUAUGUAAGAAAAUCCGUUGGUAUAACAGAUUUAUUUAAUUGUGAAACAUUUCCUAAUUCAAUGAUUGUACUUUUUCAAAUUUGUACAACUUCUAGUUGGCCUGGUGUAUUUCAAGCAUUAACAAAUGAUCGACAACCAGAUUGUGAUUCAACUAUUAAAUCACCAUCAAAUAAUGGUGACCAUGUUGAUGCUCUCAGAAAAAAUUUUCUUGAUGAACCUGAUCUAUUAGGAGAAAAUAGUCUUGGUGGUGAUCCACCAAUUGAUAUAAAAAAAGAUCGACCUAAAGAUUAUCAUCCUCUGACAACAAGAUUACAACGUCAACGUGAAAUUUAUUUAAGUCGAUUAGGUUUAAAUGGUUUUAGAACUAACCUUCAACGAUCUCGAAAUCAACAACUAAUACUUGAAAAACCUAUAAUUUCACAAACUGAUUAA